AUGGAAUCCAACUUCUGGAUAGAUUUCUUAAUGGGUGGUGUUUCCGCCGCCAUUGCCAAGACUGCUGCUUCUCCAAUUGAAAGAGUCAAGCUUUUGAUUCAAAAUCAAGAUGAAAUGUUGAAGCAAGGUACUUUGGAUCGUCGUUACGAUGGUAUCAUUGAAUGUUUCAAGAGAACUGCUCAACAAGAAGGUAUCAUCUCCUUCUGGAGAGGUAACACUGCCAAUGUUAUCAGAUACUUCCCAACUCAAGCUUUGAAUUUUGCCUUCAAGGACAAGAUUAAGGAAAUGUUUGGUUUCAAGAAGGAUGAAGGUUACAUGAAAUGGUUUGCCGGUAACUUGGCUUCUGGUGGUAUUGCCGGUGCUUUGUCUUUGACUGUUGUUUACUCUUUGGAUUAUGCUAGAACUAGAUUGGCUGCCGAUUCCAAGAAUUUGAAAGCCGGAGGUGAAAGAAAAUUCAACGGGUUGAUUGAUGUUUAUAGAAAGACUUUGAAAUCCGAUGGUCUUGCUGGUUUGUACAGAGGUUUCGGUCCAUCUGUUGUCGGUAUUAUUGUCUACAGAGGUUUGUAUUUCGGUAUGUACGAUUCUUUGAAACCAGUUGUUUUGAUCGGUCCUUUGGAAGGUUCCUUCUUGGCUAGUUUCUUGUUGGGUUGGGUCGUUACCACUGGUGCUUCCACUUGUUCUUACCCAUUGGAUACCGUCAGAAGAAGAAUGAUGAUGACUUCUGGUCAAGCUAUCAAAUAUAACGGUGCCAUGGACUGUUUCCAAAAGAUUGUUGCUGCCGAGGGUGUCAGAUCCUUGUUCAAAGGAUGUGGUGCUAACAUCUUAAGAGGUAUCGCUGGUGCAGGUGUCAUCUCCUUGUACGAUCAAUUACAAAUGAUCAUGUUCGGUAAGAAAUUCAAAUAG